GUUCAUCGCAGUAACAUUGUAGCAAGCCAACCUCAGAAUUAAAUCUAAAUGGCGUCCAUACCUAUGUCGUUCAGUAUAGAAGAACUGUCUAAAAGUAGCAGAGUUCAAACGCCAAUUAAGUCAGAGAGUGUAUUAUACGACUUAUACCAGACACCAUCAGUCAACCAACAUUCGAACUACAAAUUCUCUACCAGUUUGAUGUCAAUUGAACAGCACAUACAGAAGAAAAGAAAAAGAUCUCUCGUCGAUUCAGAAGAUAACAUCAGUUCACCAGAAUCUAGAAAUUCGUCUUCUUCUAGUUCGUACUCUGAUGAUUCUGAAAACCACGAACAACCCACAAAGAAGGCAAGAACCAUCUUCACUAACUCUCAGGUCUUUGAACUAGAGCGAUACUACAGCAUCUGCAAAUACCUCGCUAUUGAAGACCGACAAGUCCUCUCCAAGAGACUCAAAGUCUGCGAAGUACAGAUAAAAUGGUGGUUUCAGAAUCGCAGAAUGAAAGAGAAACGACAGAUCAAAAGUUUCGGCUACAACGAAUCAACAGAAUUAUCCAAGUUUGUUAGUGUUGGAAGGCCAAAUGCAAAUAUACAGUCUUCUAUGAAUCAACCAUCACACCAGCAUGGACUUCACCAGAACUAUUCACCAUUACCACCAAUGUUUAACCCGUACAUGUUUGGAUAUGGUUGUUUGUCACCAGUUAUGAAUCCUGUUCAACAGUACUACAACGGACUUUCACCACAGCCAGUGCAACAGUACAGAUUAUAACUUGUGCUAAUAAACAUUAUUCAAGAACAUUCCUACAUAUGUGCUUAAGUAAAAUAAUAGU